AUGUCUCCCAGUCAAGAUACUCCUCCAUCGGAGUACACCUCCAAUAAUACCUCCACUCCACUCUGGGAAAUCAAGCUCAUCCCCGGAAAAGGCCAAGGCGUUCUCGCAACACAGCUCAUCGCACCAGGAACCCUCCUCUUCGCCGAAAAGCCGCUCCUCACAACCGAAACCCUCACUUCACCCUCUACCGUCGAAAAACAGCUCGCGAAACUCCUCCGGGGCCUCCCAAAAGAAUCUCAACGCGCCUAUCUCUCUCUCCACAACAAUUACCCCGGCCAAGGUUCCCCCCUCACAAACAUCAUCCGCUCCAACGCGUACCCCCUCGGCCCCAACUCGCCCAUCGGCGGCAUCUUUAAAGACAUCUCCCGCAUCAACCACUCCUGUCUCCCCACCACCCAACACUCCUGGAACCCCAAACGUCAGGAAUUCCUCGUGCACGCGGUGCGGGAAAUCCAACCUGGAGAAGAAAUUACUACUUCCUAUCACGUGGGCGGUCCCUCUUCAGAACGCAAAGCCGAAUUAAAAGAAUUCUUCAAAUUCGACUGCACAUGUUCUCUCUGCACGCUUCCACCCGCUGAACUUAAAAAAUCAGACGCCCGACUCAUUCGUGCAGCCGCUCUGGACCAAGCAAUCGGUCAUGCGGAAACAGUUAUGAAGAACCCGGAAAAAGUGCUCAAGACGUGUAAAUCUCUCGAGACAAUUUAUCGGGAGGAGGGAAUCAAAGAUCAGAGAACCGGGAGAGUGUACUGGGAUGCGUUCCAGAUUUGUAAUCGUCAUGGGGAUCUAGCGCGUGCAAGCGCGUUUGCGAAAAAGUAUAGAGAGAGUAAGGUAUUGGGAGAGGGAGAGGAUAGUGAAGGCGCGGUGGAAGCGUUGGUUUUUAUAAAAGACCCGAAGAAGGAUGAUAGUUAUGGGGGGUCGCAGAGGUGGAAGAGUAAGGUGGAGGAUAUCCCGAAGGGAUUGAGUGAUGAGGAGUUUGAGAAGUGGUUGUGGAGAGAGUAG